AUGUGUGAUGUCAACAUCUUCAUUGCUGGGAUGUCUAUUUUAGCUGCAAGUACCACCCCUCAGGUGGUGCACGAGGGGAUACCAGUGGAAGUUGCACAUACAGAAUGGAGGCCAGGAGCUGCUCUCUCCCAGUGCCUCUGGAGAGUGAUCACUGAGACCACAGAAUUCACAGGUCCGCAAACUACUGUAUAUACAGUUGAGCAUGAAGAGCCUUGUGUUCAUCGUGAAAAAUCUGUCGAGCAUGGAGCACCUCCAGUCAGAAAGAAGAUAAUAAGGACAAAAGUGGAUCCCUCUAAGUUUUUGACACCUUAUCUCCAGCACAGUAACAAAAUGAAGGACCUGUUCAGUGAGAAUAAAUACAAAGAAAAGUUUAUAAAAGAAAAAGGAAAGCCAUAUGCUUCCACAAUUGAUACACCAGAACUUCGUCGAAUAAAGAAAGUACAAGAUCAGCUCAGUGAGGUCAAAUACCGCAUGGCUGGUGAAGUUGCUAGGACUAUUUGCCAUGUUGAUGAAAAGGCCAAGGAUAUAGAACAUGCAAAGAAGGUCUCACAGCAAGUGAGCAAGGUGCUAUAUAAACAGAAUUGGGAGGAGAAUAAAGACAAGUACCUACUUCCCCCUGAUGCUCCAGAACUUGUGAAUGCAAUAAAAAAUACAGCAAUGUUCAGUAAGAAACUGUAUACAGAAGAUUGGGAAGGAGACAAAACAUUAUUCUAUCCAUACAAUGACAGUCCAGAGCUCAGGAGGGUGGCCCAGGCCCAAAAGACUCUGAGUGAUAUUGUCUACAAAAAAGGGCACGAUGAACGUAAAUCUAAAUACACUUCUCUGCCAGAUCCACCUGAUGUGGAACUAGCCAAGAAAGUGACGAGGCAACUCAGUGAUAUUAAGUAUCAUGAAGACUAUAAAAAUAAGAUCAAGGGCAAGUGGAGCCAAACUCCAUGCUAUGAUGUUGCAAUUGCAAAAAUGAAUUCAGAAAAUCUAAGUAUGAAAAAAUAUCAGGAAGACUUUGAAAAUAUAAAAGACCAAAUCUAUUUUAUGCAGACUGAAACUCCAGAGUAUGAAGCUAAUAAACGACUUGGAAAUAAUGUCAGUAAGAUAAAAUACAGAGCAGACUAUGAAAAGAACAAAGCUAUUGCAGAUUACAAUGUGCUUCCUGCUACAGAGAACCCUUUGCUGAGGCAAUUAAAAACUGCAGGAAACGUGCUGAGUGAUAAAUUGUACAAAGAAGCCUAUGAGCAAUCAAAAGGAACGAGCAUGAAUUACUGUGAUACUCCCAAGUUUCAGGUUGACAGCGUUCUAAAGAAUUUUAGUGAUGUAAAAUAUAAAGAUGCAUAUCAAAAGAAUAUUUUAGGACACUAUUUAGGAAGCUAUGAGGACCCACAUCAUACACACUGUAUGAAAGUUGAAGCUAUGAAGAGUGAUAAAAAUUACAAAGCAGAUUAUGAGGAGGAUAAGACAAAAUGCUACUUCCCUCAGACCAUAACUCAGGAAUAUGAAGCUAUUAAGAAGUUAGAUCAGUGUAAAGAUCACACCUACAAAAAACAUCCUGAUCAAAUCAAAUUUACUCAAGUGACAGACUCUCCAGUGCAGAAGCAAGCAGAGAUCAAUAGCAAACAGCUUAGUGAUCUGAGAUACAAAGCUAAACAUGAAAGUGAGAAGUUCAAGUGUUCUAUACCACCAGAUGCUCCAUUUUUCAUCCAGUCCCGUGUUAAUGCAUAUAACAUUAGUGAUAGUUGUUACAAGUAUGACUGGGAAAAGGCUAAAGAUAAGUCAUUUGAAAUCAAAGUUGAUGCAAUUCCACUUCUUGCUGCUAAAGCUCACAGUAAAAUUGCAAGUGAUGUGGAAUAUAAGAAAGCAUAUGAACAGAGUAAAGGGAAAAUGAUUGGAGCUCUGAGUGUGCAUGAUGAUCCCAAGAUACUACAUUCCAUGAAGGUGGCCAAACAGCAGAGCGAUCGCGAGUACAAAUUGGCUUAUGAAACAUCGAAGACCAACUAUACGGCACCAUUGGACAUGAUUCCAGUUGUUCAAGCCAAAAAAUCUCAAGCAAUUGCCAGCAAUGCGGACUACAAGAACAUCAUUCAUAAUUACUUUUAUCCUCCUGACAGCAUUGAUGUGGAGCUUGCAAAGAAAGCCUAUGCUAUUCAGAGUGACAAUGAGUAUAAAUCAGAUUACAAUAGUGACAUGAAAGGCUGCGGCUGGAUACCGUUAGGAUCUCUGGAAGUGGAGAAGGCUAAGAGAGCUUCAGACAUUCUGAAUGAGAAAAAGUAUCGCCAGCAUCCAGACACUAUUAAGUUUACACAGAUUGAAGAUGAGCCUGUUAUGGUUCAAGCUAAAAUCAACCAGGCUCAGAGAAGUGAUAUACUAUAUAAAUCCAAAGGUGAAGAAGUUAUUCACAAGUACCACCUUCCUCCAGAUGUGCCCCACUUCAUCCAGGCUAGAGUUAAUGCCUAUAAUAUUAGUGAUAACUACUACAAAAGUGGAUUAGAAGAAUUAAAAUCAAAAGGAUAUGAUCUAAGAAGUGAUGCUAUUCCUAUCAGAGCUGCCAAGGCUGCUAGACAGGCUGUCAGUGAUGUAAACUAUAAAAAAGGCUACGAGCUUGCCAAGGGUAAACAUAUUGGCUUCCAGAGUCUCCAAGAUGAUCCAAAACUAGUUCAUUAUAUGAAUGUAGCCAAGAUGCAGUCCGAACGAGAAUACAAGAAAGAUUAUGAGAAAACAAAAACCAAGUACAACACCCCACUGGAUAUGGUCAAUGUCGUGGCUGCCAAGAAGGCUCAAGAGAUUGCCAGCAAUGCUAAUUACAAGAACCUCCUCCACCACUACACUUACUUACCAGAUGCAAUGAACUUGGAGUUGACCAAAAACAUGAUGGAGAUUCAGAGUGAUAAUGCUUACCAAGCUGAUUUUACUGGCCCGAUGAAGGACAUUGGUUGCAUCCCCAUUGGCUCACUAGAAGUAGAAAAGUCUCUUUCCUGUAGACCUCUCAGUAAGGCCAAGUCUAAUGUGUACAAGCAAGACUAUAACAGCUGGUUCAAGGGUACUGGAUGGAGUCCCCUGGGUUCUCUGGAUGUUGAAAAAGCUAAAAAGGCUGGAGAGGCAUUAAAUGAAAAGAAAUACCGUCAGCACCCAGACACCAUCAAAUUUACAAGUAUACCAGAUUCAAUACCAAUGGUUUUAGCUCAGCACAAUACCAAGCAGCUGAGUGAUGUAACAUAUAAGCAAGAGGGUGAAAAAGUAAAACACAAAUACACUCUGGAUCCUGAUGUUCCGCAGUUUAUUCAAGCCAGGGUCAAUGCCUUCAAUUUGAGUGAUGCUAACUACAAAGCAGACUGGAAAAAAACUAUUGCCAAAGGAUAUGAUCUGAAACCUGAUGCCAUUCCUAUUAUUGCUGCUAAAGCUUCUCGAAACAUUGCCAGUGAUUACAAGUACAAGGAAUCCUAUGAGAAAGAUAAAGGCAAACAGGUUGGAUACCAUAGCUUGCAGGAUGAUCCUAAACUUGUUCACUACAUGAAUGUGGCCAAAAUGCAAUCAGACCGUGAAUACAAGAAGGGUUAUGAAGUCACGAAGACCAAAUACCACACUCCCUUGGACAUGUUCAGUGUGACAGCUGCCAAGAAAGCCCAGGAAGCAGUCACAAACACUGGCUAUAAACAGCUAAUCCACCAUUAUACACUACUGCCUGAUGCUGUGAACUUGGAACUAUCAAAAAAUAUGAUGCAGAUUCAGAGUGAUAAUGUCUACAAAGCAGAUUUUAAUAACUGGUUAAGAGGAGUUGGCUGGAUGCCAAUUCAAUCACUGGAGGUCGAAAAGGCCAAAAAAGCUGCAGAAAUUCUUAGUGAAAAGAAGUAUCGCCAGCACCCAGACAAGCUGAAAUACUCCAUUACAAUGGAUGCAAUGGAACAGGUGCUUGCUAAACACAAUGCCAAGACCAUGAAUAAGAAGAUGUACACUGAUAAAUGGAACAAAGAGAAGACCAGCAUUCAUGUUAUGCCAGAUACUCCAGAAAUUCUACAGUCUAGAGUGAACCAGAUGAACAUGAGUAACAAACUAUACAAAGCCGAUUGGGAGGAAGACAAGAAGAAAGGUUAUGAUAUGCAGCCAGAUGCUAUUCCAAUAAAAGCAGCCAAAGCCUCCAGAGACAUUGCGAGUGAUUAUAAAUACAAACUAGCCUAUGAAAAAGCAAAAGGAAAGCAUAUUGGGUUCCGCAGCCUUGAAGAUGACCCCAAACUGGUUCACUUCAUGCAUGUGGCUAAGAUGCAGUCUGAUCGUGAAUACAAAAAAGAUUAUGAGAAGGCAAAAACUAAUUUCCAUACCCCAGUCGAUAUGCUCAGUGUUGUGGCAGCCAAGAAAGCACAGGAGGUGGCUACAAAUGCAAACUACAGAAACUUGAUCCAUACUUACAACGUUUUACCUGAUGCUAUGAGUCUUGAAUUAGCCAAAAACAUGAUGCAGAUACAGAGCAAUAAUCAAUACAAAGCAGAAUAUGAUGAAAGUGUGAAGGGUGUUGGAUGGAUGCCAUUGGGAUCCUUGGAAGCUGAGAAGAACAAAAAAGCCAUGGAAAUUGUCAGUGAAAAGAAGUACCGUCAACAUCCAGACAAAUUGAAAUUCUCCAUUCCUAUGGAUUCUAUGAACAUGGUCUUAGCUAUGCAUAAUGCCAAAAUCAUGGAUGAGCAUCAAUAUAAACAAGCAUGGGAAGAAGACAAAAAGAAGAUUCAUAUCACACCAGAUAUUCCACAGCUUGCUUUAGCAAAAGUCAAUGCAUUUAAUAUAAGUGAUAAAAUGUACAGACUUUCCUUUGAAGAAUCUAGGAAGAAAGGAUAUGAUCUCAGAGCUGAUGCUAUCCCUAUUAAAGCUGCCAAAGCUUCCAGGGACAUUGCUAGUGAUUAUAAGUAUAAAUUAGGUUAUGAACAAGACAAGGGAAAACUUGUAGGCUUCCGCAGUCUUCAGGAUGAUCCCAAGCUUGUCCAUUACAUGCAAGUGGCGAAGAUGCAGUCGGAUCGGGAAUACAAGAAAGCCUAUGAGAUGAGCAAGACCCAUUACCAAACACCUUCUGAUGCCCUCAGUAUCAUGGCAGCUAAGGAGGCACAGGAUCGCGUAACCAAUGCUAACUACAAGCGACUGAUUCACAACUAUAUGCUUCUCCCAGAUGCAAUGAGCUUAGAGCUGUCCAGAAACAUGAAUCGGAUACAAAGUGAUAAUGAGUACAAACAGGAUUAUAAUGACUGGUAUAAGGGCAUGGGCUGGAGUCCUGCUGGUUCCCUUGAGGUGGAGAAAUCUAAGAAAGCUACAGAAAUUGCAAGUGACCGGAACUACCGCCAGCAUCCCAGCAUGUUCCCCUUCAAAAAGGAGAAUGAUGCCAUGGACAUGGUGCUUGCAAAGCACAAUGCAGGGAUAAUGAAUAAACAUGAUUAUAUUCAAGCUUGGGAGAAGGAUAAAACUAAGAUCCAUGUAAUGCCAGAUACACCGGAUAUUCUACAGGCUAAACAGAACAGUGCAAACUACAGUCAGAAACUGUACAAGCUUGACUGGGAGGAAAUGAUAAAGAAAGGCUAUGACCUCACACCUGAAGCCAUUUCAGUGAAAGCUGCCAAAGCUUCAAGGGACAUUGCAAGUGAUUACAAGUACAAAGAAGGAUACCGCAAGCAACAGGGGCAUCACAUUGGAUUCCGCAGCUUACAGGAUGAUCCAAAGAUGAUGUGGUCGAUGCAAGUAGCUAAGAUGCAGAGUGAGAGGGAAUACAAAAAAGAUUUUGAAAAGUGGAAGACAAAGUUUAACAUGCCUGUGGAUAUGCUGGGCUUCCUUCUGGCUAAGAAAUGUCAGGAACUUGUUAGUGAUGCAGACUACAAACACAUUCUACACCGUUGGACUUGUCUGCCAGACCAGAAUGAUGUCACCCAAGCAAAGAGGGUCUAUGAACUACAGAGUGAUAAUCUAUAUAAAGCAGAUCUGCAGUGGCUCAAGGGUGUUGGAUGGAGUCCUUUGGGAUCUUUGGAAUCUGAAAAGAACAAGAAAGCUGCUGAAAUUCUGAGUGAGAAGAAGUACCGGCAGCACCCGGAUACUAUUAAGUUCACAAGUCUUCCAGAUGCCAUGAAUAUUGUUUUAGCAAAAUCUAAUGCCAAAAAUAGAAGCGAUAUACUGUAUAGAGAAGCAUGGGACAAAGACAAGACUCAGGUUCACAUCAUGCCUGAUACUCCCGAAAUCUUGCUGGCUAAAUCAAACUUAAUCAACACCAGUGAUAAACAUUACAAGUUAGGAUAUGAAGAACUGAAGAAAAAAGGCUAUGAUCUUCCUCCUGAUGCCAUACCACUGAAGGCAGCAAAGGCAUCCAGAGAAAUAGCUAGUGAGUAUCAAUAUAAAACAGCUUACCGGAAGCAACUUGGGCACCAUAUUGGAGCACGCAACAUAGAGGACGACCCCAAGAUGAUGUGGUCUAUGCACGUAGCCAAGAUCCAGAGUGACAGGGAGUACAAGAAAGCCUUUGAGAAGWCCAAGACCCACUUCAGYAGCCCSGUGGACAUGCUGGGAAUUGUGUUGGCAAAGAAAUGCCAGGAGCUGGUCAGCGAUGCGGAUUACAAGCAUCCCCUGCAUCGAUGGACCUGUCUGCCAGACCAAAAYGAURUUGUACAGGCCAGGAAAGUGUAUGACCUGCAGAGUGAUAAUGUGUACAAGUCGGACCUGCAGUGGCUGAGGGGCAUUGGCUGGACGCCAAGCGGUUCGCUGGACGAUGAGAAGAACAAGAGAGCCGGCCUCAUCCUGAGUGACAAGAAGUACCGGCAACACCCGGGCACCAUCAAAUUCACGAGCCUUCCGGACUCUAUGCCCAUGGCCCUGGCGAAGCACAACUCUGAGAUUAUGAACCACCGCCUCUACACGUCGGCUUGGGAGAAAGAUAAAACGAGCAUUCACAUAAUGCCGGACACACCUGAAAUUUUGCUAGCGCAUCAGAACCAAGUGAACCUCAGUGAGAAACUGUACAAGCUUGCCAUGGAAGAAGAGAAGAAGAAGGGCCAUGACCUGCGAGCAGAUGCCAUUCCCAUCAAGGCUGCAAAAGCUUCCAGAGAUAUAGCAAGUGAUUACAGGUACAAAGAAGGUUAUCGCAAGCAGCUGGGGCACCAUAUUGGAGCACGCAACAUAGAGGACGACCCCAAGAUGAUGUGGUCUAUGCACGUAGCCAAGAUCCAGAGUGACAGGGAGUACAAGAAAGCCUUUGAGAAGWCCAAGACCCACUUCAGYAGCCCSGUGGACAUGCUGGGAAUUGUGUUGGCAAAGAAAUGCCAGGAGCUGGUCAGCGAUGCGGAUUACAAGCAUCCCCUGCAUCGAUGGACCUGUCUGCCAGACCAAAAYGAURUUGUACAGGCCAGGAAAGUGUAUGACCUGCAGAGUGAUAAUGUGUACAAGUCGGACCUGCAGUGGCUGAGGGGCAUUGGCUGGACGCCAAGCGGUUCGCUGGACGAUGAGAAGAACAAGAGAGCCGGCCUCAUCCUGAGUGACAAGAAGUACCGGCAACACCCGGGCACCAUCAAAUUCACGAGCCUUCCGGACUCUAUGCCCAUGGCCCUGGCGAAGCACAACUCUGAGAUUAUGAACCACCGCCUCUACACGUCGGCUUGGGAGAAAGAUAAAACGAGCAUUCACAUAAUGCCAGACACACCUGAAAUUUUGCUAGCGCAUCAGAACCAAAUGAACCUCAGUGAGAAACUGUACAAGCUUGCCAUGGAAGAAGAGAAGAAGAAGGGCCAUGACCUGCGAGCAGAUGCCAUUCCCAUCAAGGCUGCAAAAGCUUCCAGAGAUAUAGCAAGUGAUAAGAAGAAGGGCCAUGACCUGCGAGCAGAUGCCAUUCCCAUCAAGGCUGCAAAGGCUUCCAGAGAUAUAGCAAGUGAUUACAAGUACAAAGAAGGUUAUCGCAAGCAGCUUGGGCACCAUAUUGGAGCGCGCAACAUAGAGGAUGACCCCAAGAUGAUGUGGUCUAUGCACGUAGCCAAGAUCCAGAGUGACAGGGAGUACAAGAAAGCCUUUGAGAAGACCAAGACCCACUUCAGUAGCCCCGUGGACAUGCUGGGAAUUGUGUUGGCAAAGAAAUGCCAGGAGCUGGUCAGCGAUGCUGAUUACCGGCACUAUCUGCAUCAGUGGACCUGUCUGCCAGACCAGAAUGAUGUUAUCCAUGCUAAGAAGGCCUAUGAGCUACAGAGUGAUAAUUACUACAAGUCAGACCUUGAAUGGUUGCGGGGCAUUGGCUGGGUGCCCAUUGGUUCCUUGGAUGUUGUCAAAGCCAAGAGAGCAGGRGAGAUCUUGAGUGACAAAGUGUACCGUCAGCCUCCCGACACCAUCAAGUUCACCAGUGUCACGGAUUCCCUGGAGAUGGUCUUAGCCAAGCAUAAUGCAGAGACGAUAAAUAAACGUUUAUAUACUGAGGCCUGGGAUAAAGACAAGACGCAAAUCCAUAUAAUGCCUGACACACCUGAAAUCACACUGGCGAAACAGAAUAUGCUAAACUACAGUGAGAAAUUUUAUAAGCAUGCCAUGGAAGAAGCAAAGAAGAAAGGCCAUGACUUGCGAGGUGAUGCCAUCCCCAUUCAAGCUGCCAAAGCAUCAAGGGAAAUUGCCAGUGAUGUAAUGUACCGUCAGCCUCCCGACACCAUCAAGUUCACCAGUGUCACGGAUUCCCUGGAGAUGGUCUUAGCCAAGCAUAAUGCAGAGACGAUGAAUAAGCGUUUAUACACUGAAGCAUGGAAUAAAGAUAAGACUAUGAUUCAUAUCAUGCCUGACACACCAGAAAUCCUACUAUCUAAGCAAAACCAAGUAAACUACAGUCAGAAGAUGUACAGACUGGCUUUGGAGGAAUCAAAGAAGAAGGGUCAUGACUUGCGUUUUGAUGCUAUUCCUAUCCAAGCUGCCAAGGCAUCCAGAGAGAUUGCCAGUGAUUACAAGUACAAAGAAGGUUAUCGCAAGCAGCUKGGGCACCAUAUUGGAGCRCGCAACAUAGAGGAYGACCCCAAGAUGAUGUGGUCUAUGCACGUAGCCAAGAUCCAGAGUGACAGGGAGUACAAGAAAGCCUUUGAGAAGACCAAGACCCACUUCAGUAGCCCCGUGGACAUGCUGGGAAUUGUGUUGGCAAAGAAAUGCCAGGAGCUGGUCAGCGAUGUGGAUUACCGGCACUAUCUGCAUCAGUGGAUCUGUCUGCCAGACCAGAAUGAUGUUAUCCAUGCUAGGAAGGCCUAUGAUCUACAGAGUGAUGCUGUAUACAAAUCAGACCUUGAAUGGCUACGGGGAAUAGGAUGGGUUCCUAUUGGUUCCAUGGACAUCGAGAAAGUCAAGAAAGCUGGAGAAAUUCUGAGUGAAAGGAAGUACCGUCAGCCACCUGACCAGAUUAAAUUUACUAGUGUGACUGAUUCCUUGGCCAUGGUCUUAGCUAAGCAUAAUGCUGAGAUAAUGAACCAGCGAUUAUACACAGAAGCCUGGGAUGCUGACAAAACCUCAAUUCACAUCAUGCCUGAUACACCAGCAUUUCUGUUAGCAAAGGCCAAUGCAGCUAAUGUUAGCCAUAAACACUAUACACAAGCCUGGGAUGAAGCCAAAAAGAAAGGUUAUGACAUGAGAGCUGAUGCAAUUCCAAUCCGAAGUGCAAAGGCAUCAAGAGAUAUUGCAAGUGAUUACAAGUACAAGGAAACGCAUGAGAAGCAGAAAGGGCACUACAUUGGGUGCCGCACUGCAAAGGAGGACCCCAAGCUGUCGUGGGCGGCGCGUGUGAUGCAGCUGCAGAACGACCGAAUCUACCGCAAGGCCUACAAUGAUUCCAAGUCCCACGUGCACAUUCCAGUGGACAUGAUGUCCGUGCAGGCAGCCAAGGAAKGCCAGWCACUGGUCAGUGAUGUGGACUACCGGCAUUACCUGCACCAGUGGACGUGUCUGCCUGACCAGAAUGAYGUKAUCCAUGCAAGGAAGGCCUACGACCUGCAGAGUGAUAACGUGUACAAGUCGGACCUGGAAUGGUUGCGUGGCAUUGGCUGGCUGGCYGAAGGGUCUGUGGACGUGCUUAAGGCAAAGAGAGCCCAGGAGAUCCUGAACGACAGACUGUAUCGCACACGGCCGGACGCGCUGAAGUUCACCAGCGUCACUGACUCGCCAGAUGUGGUCCAGGCCAAGAUCAAUGCUCUGCAGCUCAGUCAYCGCCUGUAUCGUGAGGCCUGGGACAGAGACAAGACGCAGAUUUGCUUGCCUUCCGACACACCUGACAUGCUGCAGUCCAGAGUCAACGCUCAGAACAUCAGCAAUAAACACUAUCAGAAGGACUGGGACGAGGCCAAGGCCAAAGGGUAUGACUUAAGAGCUGACGCCAUUUCCAUCAAGCAUGCCAAGGCUUCCAGAGACAUUGCUAGUGAGUACAAGUACAAGGAAACGCAUGAGAAGCAGAAAGGGCACUACAUUGGGUGCCGCACUGCAAAGGAGGACCCCAAGCUGUCGUGGGCGGCGCGUGUGAUGCAGCUGCAGAACGACCGAAUCUACCGCAAGGCCUACAAUGAUUCCAAGUCCCACGUGCACAUUCCAGUGGACAUGAUGUCCGUGCAGGCAGCCAAGGAAGGCCAGWCACUGGUCAGUGAUGUGGACUACCGGCAUUACCUGCACCAGUGGACGUGUCUGCCUGACCAGAAUGAUGUUAUCCAUGCAAGGAAGGCCUACGACCUGCAGAGUGAUGCUGUCUAUAAGUCGGACCUGGAAUGGCUCCGUGGAAUUGGUUGGCUGCCAAAUGAUUCUCCUGAUCUAAAGAGAGUGAAGCAUGCCCAUGAUCUCCUGAGCGACAAAGUGUACCGUACACCUAUAGACAGCAUGAAAUUCACCAGUAUUGUUGAUUCUCCAGAUGUUGUUCAAGCUAAAGUUAAUGCUGAACAACUCAGCAUCUCAAAAUAUAAAGAAGCCUGGGAAAAGGACAAGACCAUGGUACGUAUGAUGGCAGACACACCUGCAAUCAACCUAGCCAAGACUAAUGCUCUUCAUUAUAGCCAGAAACUGUACAAAGAAGCUUGGGAUGAAUUGAAGACAAGUUAUGAUUUGAGAGCAGAUGCAAUCCCCAUCAAGGCAGCCAAAGCUUCCAGAGAAAUCGCUAGUGAUUAUAAAUACAAGUUGGAUCACGAGAAACAGAAAGGACAUUAUGUUGGAGUUCCAAAUGCCAAAGCAGAUUCGAAAAUGCAGUUUGCCCUGGGCAUAGGCAAGGUUCAGAGUGAACUGGAGUACAAGAAGCACUUUGCCAAAUGGAAGACCCAGUGCCACCUACCACCUGACAUGCUCGCCAUCCUGUCAGCCAAGCAUGGUCAGUCUUUAGUCAGUGAUGUCGAUUAUCGUCAUUACUUGCAUCAGUGGAUCUGUCUUCCAGAUCAAAAUGAUGUCAUACAUGCUAGGAAGGCCUACGAUCUUCAGAGUGAUGCUGUUUACAAGUCUGAUUUAGAAUGGCUGCGUGGGAUUGGAUGGUUGCCAAAUGACUCAGUUGGGCUCAACCAUGUCAAACAUGCUGGAGACCUCUUGAGUGAGAAAAAGUACCGUACAAAAGCUGAAACACUUCCAUUUACUGCUGUGGCAGACAGAGUUGAUUAUAUCACAGCAAAAAAUAGUGGUGCAAUCCUUAGUGAUAUUAAAUACCACAAAGAGUGGAAUGAUGUCAAGUGCAACUACACUCUGACAGAUACACCACAGCUAGAUAUGGCCCGAGAGGCAGCCAGAAUUCUCAAUCAGAAUUUGUACAAGGAAAGUUGGGAGAAAGAAAAAGCCACUGGUUACCUCUUACCUCCUGACAGUGUGCAGAUACGUCAUGCCAAGCACUCCCAUGAAGUCCAAAGCGAGCUUAAAUACAAAGCUGACUAUGUGAAACAAAAAGGUCACUAUGUAGGAGUUCCCACCAUGAAAGAUGACCCCAAGCUGGUGUGGUUUGCGCAUGCAGGCGAGAUCCAGAAUGACAGACUGUACAAAUCAAAUUAUCACAAAACUAAAUCCAAAAUUCACAUUCCUGUGGAUAUGAUGUCGGUUACGGCAGCCAAAGAAUGUCAGACCUUGGUCAGCGAUGUUGAUUACCGCCAUUACCUGCAUCAGUGGACGUGUCAUCCUGAUCAGAAUGACUGUAUUCAGGCAAGGAAGGCCUAUGAUCUGCAAAGUGAUAAUAUUUACAAAUCUGAUUUGGAAUGGCUUCGAGGUUGUGGCUGGAUUCCUCUGAAUUCGGUGGAACACAAGAAAGUUAAGCAUGCACAAGAGUUGAUAAAUAAGAGAGCAUAUACAAAAGCAGCUCUUGACAACUUCUCCAAAUAUACAAGUGUGGUUGACACUCCAGACAUUGUUUUGGCAAAGAUUAACUCUGUCAAUCAGAGUGAUCUGAAAUACAAAGAAACAUUUAAUCUGGAGAAAGGCCAGUACAUUGGAUCUGAUGACACUCCUGAGCUGAACCAUGCCAGAGACAUGUCCUUACUGUAUAGCGAUAAACUUUAUAAAAAUGCUUGGGAAAUCAGUAAACCCAUUGGGUAUACUUUGGAUGAGAAAUACAUUCCUCUUGUUGGAGCUAAGCAUGCAAAUUACAUUAAUAGUGAGCUUAAAUAUAAGGAAAUUUAUGAGAAGCUGAAAGGCCAUUACCUGGCUGGGAAGGAUAUUGGUGACUUCCCCGGUGUCGUUCACUCGCUAGCAUUCCAGAAAAUGAGGAGUGCGUUGGCAUACAGAAAGAACUAUGAAGAUACCAAAAAAAAUGUCCAUAUUCCAAGUGACAUGAUGAAUCAUGUGCUAGCUAAAAAAUGCCAAUAUAUUCUCAGUGAUCUAGAAUACAGAAAUUACUUCCAUCAUUGGAAUUGUUCACCUGAAGAAAACGAUGUUAUUCAAGCCAGAAAGGCCCAGGAGAUUCUGAGUGAUGUGAUAUAUAAAGAUGACUUGAAUUGGCUGAAGGGAAUUGGAUGCUAUGUCUGGGAUACUCCACAAAUCCUGCAUGCUAAAAAAUCAUAUGAUCUCCAGAGCCAAAUAAAAUACACAGCUGCAGGAAAGCAGAAUUUUCAGAAUUUUGGUGUUGUUACUGAUACACCUCUUUAUGUGACUGCAGUGCAGAGUGGUUUAAAUGCUAGCGAUGUGGUAUACAAAGCAGAUUACCACAAAACUAAGGACAAGUAUACGACUGUGACUGAAACAGUGGAUUCUGAAAGGGUCCAAAAUUUGAAACAUCUUUUUAGCAAUAAUCUCUACAAGGAAGCCUGGGAUAAAGUGAAAGCUACUGGCUAUAUUUUGCCCUCUGAUUCAGUCUCCUUAGCACGUGCAAAAGAACUGAAGCAUAAUGCUAGUACAGUAAAAUAUCGUGAAGAAUAUGACAAGUUUAAAGCGCUGUACACACUACCCAGAAGCGUUGAGGAUGAUCCCAACACAGCAAGGUGCCUGAGAGUUGGAAAGCUUAACAUUGAUCGCCUGUACAAGGAAGUCUAUGAAAAGAAUAAAACCAAAAUCCACAUUAUUCCAGACAUGGUAGACAUAAUUGCUGCCAAAGAUGCACAGAAGAAAAUCAGUGAAGUUGAUUACCGCACACAUCUUCAUGAGUGGAUUUGUCUACCAGAUCUUCAAAUCAAUGCCCAUGUUCGAAAAGUCACUGAUCAACUUAGUGAUGUGGUGUAUAAGGAUGAUCUCAACUGGCUGAAAGGCAUUGGCUGCUUUGUCUGGGACACUCCUGAAAUUCUCCAUGCUAAGCACGCAUACGACCUUCGCAGUGAUAUUAAGUACAAAUCUAAUGCAGAGAAAAUGAAGAAUAGAUACACUGUGGUCAUGGACACCCCCCUCUAUGUCCAGAAUGUCCUCAGUGGCAUGAAUUUGAGUGAAACUAUCUAUCGUGGUGAAUAUUUACAAAACAUCAAAGGCAAAAUGACCCCUACCGAUAAAACAGUAGACUUGGAUCGGGCAAAGCAUGCACACAAAAUACAGAGUGAAAAUUUGUAUCGCUGGGCUGGUUUGAAAGCUUUGCCUACUGGAUACAGUCUUCCUGCAGAUACUCCAAACUUUCAGCAUGCUAAACAUGUCCAGUACAUUGGCAGUGAUCUGAAAUACAAAGAAGCCUAUGAACACAUGAAAGCUAAAGGCUAUACUCUGGGACCUAAAGAUGUUGGGUUUGAAAAUGUAAAGAAAGUGAAUCAAGUCAUUAAUGAGAGGUUGUAUCGGGCAACAUACCACAAGAACAAGGACAAGAUUCAUACCACUCCUGACACACCUGAAAUCCGUCAAGUCAAAGCGACACAGGAAGCUGUCAGUGAUCAAAUCUACAAGUCAGAUUUCUUUAGGAUGCAAGGACACUUGAUUUCCCUGCCAUACACACCCCAGCUGUUGCACUGCCGCUAUGUUGGGGACAUCACAAGCGAUAAUAAGUACAAAGAGGAUCUGAUGUGGCUGAAGGGCUUAGGUUGCUUCCUGUAUGAUACUCCUGAUAUGGUCCGAUCUCGCCAUCUGCGCAAACUUUGGUCUAAUUAUGUAUACACUGAUAAUGCAAAGAAGAUGCGGGAUAAAUACAGUGUGGUACUGGAUACUCCUGAAUACAGGACAGUUCAAGAAUUAAAAACACAUUUGAGUGAUCUGGUUUACAGAGCUGCAGGAAAGGAGCUGAAGACAAAGUAUACUUCCAUCCUUGAUACACCUGAUAACUUAAGAGCCAAGCAAGGACAAAAAAUACAGAGCCAGUAUUUGUAUGUGGAGCUUGCCACAAAAGAGAGACCCCAUCACCAUGCUGGUGGUCAGACUCCAGCUUUUACCCAUGCAAGGCAUGUAAAGGAUAUGGUUAGUGAGAAAAAAUAUAAAAUCCAGUAUGAGAAGAUGAAGGACAAAUACACGCCUGUCGUUGAUACUCCAGUCUUGAUCAGAGCCAAGAGAGCUUACCUGAAUGCUAGCGAUUUGCGCUACAAAGAAACCUUUGAGAAUGAAAAGGGGAAAUACCACACUGUGAAAGACGCUUUGGAUAUUGUCUAUCACCGAAAGGUCACUGAUGAUAUCAGCAGUGUGAAAUACAAGGAAAACUACAUGAGUCAGUUGGGAGUCUGGAGAUCUAUUCCAGACCGACCAGAUCAUUUCCAUCAUCGUGCAGUCACAGAUGCUAUUAGUGAUUUUAAGUAUAAGGAAGACUUAUCCUGGCUCAGAGGCAUUGGCUGCUACGCAUGGGAUACUCCAGAUUUUGCUCUGGCAGAGAAGAAUAAGGUGCUCUACAGUGGGUGUAAGUACAAGGAGAUGUUUGAGAAGACUAAGUCUCAUUUUAAGUAUGUAGCUGAUUCUCCAAUUAACCAGCAUUUUAAAUAUGCUACUAAGUUAAUGGAUGAGAAAUUGUAUAAAGCUGCCUAUGAGAAGCUCAAAGAUAGGUACAGCGUUAUUGUGGAUGAUCCUAGGAACCUCCUGGCCAAGUGGGGGACCACACUGAGCAGUCAGAAAAAAUAUAAGUCCUUUGCCAAGAUGUUGCUGAAACAAGGAUGUAAUGAAAUUCUGAGGCCAGAUAUGCUGAGAGCACUCUACAACACAUACUUAUGGAGCCAGAUUGAAUAUAAAAAGGAAUAUGAAAAGAAGAAAGACAAAUAUACUACAGUUGUGGAUACUCCAGAACACUUACGGACUACAAAAGUGAACAAACAGAUCAGUGAUAUUAUUUACAAGUUGGAAUAUAACAAAGCAAAGCCUAAAGGCUAUACUACAAUCCAUGAUACCCCUAUGUUGUUGCACGUGCGCAAGGUCAAGGACAGAAUAAGUGAUCUGAAAUACAAGGAGCUGUAUGAGAGGAAUAAAUCUCACUGCAAUGUCAUAGCUGAUUCAGUUCAUAUUAAGACUCCAAGGCAUGCUUACAAGCUAAACAGCAAUCUAGAUUAUAAGAAAAAGUAUGAAGCAGCCAAGGCUCAUUGGCACUGGAUUGCUGAUAGACCUGACUUUGUGCAAGCAGCCAAGUCAUCUCUGCAACAGAGUGAUUAUGAAUACAAACUGGACCGUGAAUUCCUAAGAGGAUGCAAACUCUCUGUCACGGAUGACAAAAACACAGUAUUGGCUUUAAAUAAUGCCAUCUUGGCAAGUGAUAUAAAAUACAAAGAGAAGCAUAACAAAGCUCGAGGAACAUACCACGUUGUUCCAGAUACACCUCAGAUUCUCCUGGCUAAGAAUGUCAGCUCUCUUGUGUCUGAGAACAAAUACAAAGAACAUAGCAAAAAGCAGCUUCCACGUGGGUCUUAUACAACCCUUCCUGAAACACGAGACACUGCUCAUGUGAAAGAGGUGACCAAGAAUGUCAGUGAGACAAAUUAUAAAAAGAAGUUUGUGAAGGAGAAAGGCAGGUCGAACUACUCGGUGAUGCUGGAGCCUCCUGAAGUGAAACAUGCCAUGGAAGUGGCUAAGAAACAGAGUACUGUUGAAUACAAGAAAGAUGCCAAAUCCAAGCUGCACUAUACACCUAUAGCAGAUCGGCCAGAUAUUAAAAAAGCAACACAAGCUGCCAAGUUAAUUAGUGAUAUUGAAUAUAAGAAGCGUGGAGGAGCUGGCAUAGGUGUAACCAUGCUGGGACGUCCUGAUAUUGAACUUGCAAAGGAGGUGUCAAAGCUAACUAGCCAGGUUAAAUACAAGGAGAAUUUCUCCAAAGAGAAGGGUAAAAAGCCGAAGUAUGAUUUAAAGGAGGCUAAAAUCUACAAGACCAUGAAAGAUGCUCACAACAUAGCUAGUGAGGUGAAAUAUAAGGCAGAUUUAAAGAAACUUCAUAAGCCUGUCACAGACAUGUCUGAAUCGCUGAUCAUGAACCACGUCCUGAAUACAAGCCAGCUCGCCAGUGCUUACCAGUACAAGAAGCAAUAUGAGAAGAGUAAGGGUCACUACCAUGUGGUGCCAGAUAAUCUUGAACAGGUUCAUCUAAGGGAGGCAUCAGAACUACAGAGCCAAGUGAAAUACAGAGAAAAAUAUGAGAAGGAAAAAGGAAAACCUAUGUUGGACUUUGAAACUCCAACAUACCUAACUGCAAAAGAAUCUCAGCUCAUGCAGAGUGAGAAAGAAUAUAAGAAGGACUUUGAAGAGUCUAUUAAGGGCAGAAACCUUACUGGCUUGGAGAUUACACCAUCCUUAUUACAUGUCAAAUAUGCAACCAAAAUAGCAAGCGAGAAAGAGUACAGGAAGGAUCUGGAGGAAGGUGUCAAAGGCAAAGGUCUAACAGCCUUAGAAGAGACUCCAGAUAUGCUGAGAGCAAAGAAUGCAACUCAAAUCCUAAAUGAGAAAGAGUACAAAAAAGCCCUGGAAAUGGAAAUCAAAGGAAGAGGUCUCACAGAACUGGCUUUGGAGACACCAGAUUUUGUGAGAGCAAAGAAUGCCACUGACAUUGCGAGCCAGAUCAAAUACAAACAGUUGGCAGAAAUGGAGAAAGCCAAUUACACCAGUGUUGUUGAUACUCCAGAGAUUAUUCAUGCCCAGCAGGUCAAGAACCUUUCAAGCCAGAAAAAGUAUAAGGAAGAUGCAGAAAGGACCAUGCCAUACUAUGUGCCUGUUGUAGACACACCAGAAAUGCAGAGAGUCCGUGAGAAUCAAAAGAACUUUAGCACACUUCAGUAUCAGUGGGACCUACAGAACAGUAAAGGAAAAGUUACAGUGGUACAAGACACACCAGAAAUACUCCGUGUGAAAGAAAACCAGAAGAAUUUCAGCUCGAUUUUAUAUAAAGAAGAUAUUGGAACUGGAACUACUAUUGAAAAGACACCAGAGAUGCAGAGAGUUAAACGAACCCAGGAUGCAAUUAGCUCGAUUAAGUACAAGGAGAGUAUUGGAAAGGGAACUCCUAUUCCUGAUCUCCCAGAAGUGAAGCGUGUCAAGGAGACCCAGAAGCACAUCAGCUCGGUAUUAUACAAAGAGGACCUAGGGACAGGUAUCCCAACACCAGUCACUCCAGAAAUAGAGAGAGUCAAACGCAAUCAAGAACACAUUAGCUCGGUGUUAUACAAAGAGGGCUUAGGGACUGGCACCCCAACACCGGUCACUCCAGAGAUGGAGAGAGUCAAACGCAAUCAAGAGAACAUUAGCUCGGUGUUGUACAAGGAGGAGGUGGGGAUUGGAACCCCAGUACCCGUAACCCCUGAGAUGGAGAGAGUCAAACGCAAUCAAGAAAACUUUAGCUCGGUGUUAUACAAAGAGGAUCUGGGGACAGGGACCCCAACACCUGUCACUCCUGAGAUUGAAAGAGUCAAACGCAAUCAAGAACACUUUAGCUCGGUGUUAUACAAGGAGGGGCUGGGGACAGGGACCCCGACACCUGUCACUCCUGAGAUUGAGAGAGUCAAACGCAAUCAAGAACACUUUAGCUCGGUGUUGUACAAGGAGGAUCUGGGGACAGGAACCCCAAUACCUGUCACUCCUGAGCUUGAGAGAGUCAAACGCAAUCAAGAACACAUUAGCUCGGUGUUGUACAAAGAGAACGUGGGGACUGGCACCCCCAUUCCAGUCACUCCAGAGAUGGAGAGGGUCAAACACAAUCAAGAAAUCUGUAGCUCGGUGUUAUACAAAGAAAACGUAGGGAAAGCAACCCCGACACCUGUCACUCCCGAGAUGGAGAGAGUCAAACGCAAUCAAGAAAUCAUUAGCUCGGUUUUGUACAAAGAAAAUGUGGGGAAAGUGACCCCAACACCAAUCACUCCAGAGAUGGAGAGAGUCAAACGCAAUCAAGAAAUCAUUAGCUCGGUGUUGUACAAAGAGAACUUGGGGCGAGCAACCCCCACCCCUAUCACUCCAGAGAUGGAGAGAGUCAAACGCAAUCAAGAACACAUUAGCUCGGUAUUGUACAAAGAACAUCUGGCAAAAGGGACUCCAACACCCAUGACCCCAGAGAUGGAGAGGGCCAAGCGCAACCAGGAGAACAUUAGCUCGGUUCUUUAUUCUGAUAGCUUCCGGAAACAAGUGCAGGGCAAAGCUGCCUAUGUCCUGGAUACACCUGAGAUGCGGCGUGUACGAGAGACCCAGAAACACAUCUCCACGGUGAAAUACCAUGAAGAUUUUGAGAAAAACAAAGGUAGUUUCACACCUGUAGUUACUGACCCCAUUACAGAACGUGUGAAAAAGAACAUGCAGGACUUCAGUGACAUCAGCUAUAGAGGCAUUCAAAGACGAGUGGUAGAAAUGGAGCGAAAACGCGUGGACCAGGAUCAAGAGAAUCUCACAGAUCUCCGUGUGUGGCGCACGAAUCCUGGCUCGGUCUUUGACUAUGACCCAGCAGAAGACAACAUUCAGUCCCGAAGCUUACACAUGAUCUCUGUCCAGGCCCAGCGCCGCAACAGGGAACAUUCCCGCUCUGCCAGCGCCCUGAGCCUCAGCGCUGGCGAUGAGAAAUCGGAGCCCUCGGACGGGCUGGAUCAGCAUCUCUCCUAUUACAGCAACGCGGGCUUCUUCACUACAGCGGCAACAGUGACCUACAAACACGCUAAAACGGUAGAGCUGCCCCAGCAAAGAUCAGCCUCCGUUGCCACCCAGCAGACGACUGUGUCCUCGGUCCCUUCUCACCCUUCCACUGCUGGCAAGACCUACCGGGCCAUGUACGACUACACGGCCGCCGAUGCGGACGAAGUUUCCUUCAAGGAUGGCGACACCAUCGUGAACGUGCAAGCGAUCGACGAGGGCUGGAUGUACGGGACGGUCCAGCGGACGGGCAAGACGGGGAUGCUGCCCGCCAACUACGUGGAGGCCGUGUGAGGCC